AUGGUAAACCGGUUAUUAUUCUAAAUUGCCGAAUGUACGCAUUUUUUUUACUCAGGCUGGCUUGUCAAAGGCGGAAGUCGAUGGUAAGUCCCGGCGCGGCAGACGCUUUUUGUCUUUCAAUUUCCAAAAUGGGUUUGAUUCGUGUUUCUCCUCCCCUCUGGCUCUUCAUUGUGUUCUGUUUUUAUUUCAUCUGCCCUUGCCCAGCAGGCUGCACUCAGUCCUAUCUGAUGGUUUCCAGAAUUUAGAUUUGUGUUCGAACUUUCACCUACUUUUCCCGUCUGUUAGGUCCUUGCUUCAAACUCACUGAUUCUAGACGCAUCAGUUAAUUUAUUAAUGUUUAGAUAUCAGGGAAGUGUUCGACCUCUUCGACUUUUGGGACGGCCGAGAUGGCAUGGUGGAUGCAAGCAAGGUACCGGAUCUCCUUCGCUGCACUGGAAUUAAUCCCACAAACUCCAUCUGUCUGAAGAAUGGGGCAUGUAAAAAUCCAGGUAAGUAGAUCUGUCUAGCAACUAUGGAGUACAGCGUGCAUCUAGGACGGAGUAUGUCACAAACUUAAGGACCAGCCGGAGUAAUUGUGGACACAACAUACACAAAUGCUAUUGAAUAACUAACAAAAUCGUUCUUGCAUUUGCGGAUAACUGCCAUCUAUCAUAAUGGACUUUUUAGGAUCGUUUAGGAAUAUCCGUUUACACCUGACUAACUUAGUAGACGAGAUAAUUCCUGACGAAAGAGAGGAAGAUUCAAGGACUUACCUGACUUUCAUUUCUCUUCUUAAGCUGGCAGCCGGAAUCACGACAGAGAUGCGUGCUGCCAGCCUAGCACUUCAUGGAUAGUUUUCUCCGUCGUUCAGCAGCUAGGUGCUUACUUUAAAGUUUCACUAAUUUAAAUAAUUCCCCUAUAUUUCAAAACUGAAAAGUCAUCCUAAAAACCAUAUCGUCAGUUUUGUGCAAGUAAUAAAACAGUUUAUGAAGUCAUUAAUAAAAAGAUAGUUAGUGUAUUAUUCCUGAAUUUCAGCUUAUCCAUCUGAAAAAUUCAAAAUGCGUACUUGGAAGCGGCUUUUUGCAAACUGUCUAUUUCGCUACUGGUUUUAGUACUCUUUUAACAAACACUAUUUCAUGCAUUUUCUUAGGAUGUCUUAGAGAAGAUCCUUAUAGACUGUGUAAGGAAACACUUGCAGUUACAUAUGAAAUCAGUAAAAUCAGGUCGACAACUUUACCAUUACAGAGAGUGGCAAAUUUGCAAAUAUUGCUAGAGUUUAUACAAAAUAUCUCAAUGCCCAUUACCUUCAAAAAAUUAAAAAUUCACUGGAAUAGGGGAAAUAAGUCUUUAGGACAGUUGCAUCAAUGAUAGAACGUAGCAAUAAAUAACCCGCUUAUAGACUAAUUAGGCCACCCUUAGCGGCAUUUAAGGAAUUAUACUCUGCGCUCACUAGCGUCUUGUUGAGCGCAAUGACAGGAUCACACCUUCGGCAUUUUUUCACAAACAGUUUUGAUGGUCUUAAUGAUGCGUUGGUUCGCAACCCAGUUGGACAUGAGAUUUCUACGCAGCCUUCAUAAGACAAAUUUUUCCUCAUAUACAGCACAGCAUAUGUGAGUGCGGAUGCAAAUAUAAUAGUGAACGAAAUAUGUAACACCAAAGAGGUAUCAUUGUUUUACUUCCUGGAGGCUAUAAUUGUUUAAGGGGAGUCAUUCUUUCAGAAAAAUGGCGAACUAUAAGUAUCUGGCUGGAUAAGGUGUAACAGUGAGGUGAGAAAUAGAAUGUCUGUGUGAAAAUAAGGAUAGGACAAUGCGAUCACUCUAUGGCUACACUGUACAGGACUAAUUAUUGUGGAUGAUCUUUCAGGCAUAAAGUGGAAACUUGGUUGUUCAUUGUCACACUAGGAAGGGAAGUGUGCUAAUACAUGCACAGAUUAUCUUCCACUGCCGGUUCCGCUUUGAGUUUGUGCUAGUUCACUUGGGUGAAGAUGUGGCGGAUUCGAUUUGAUGAAUAUCGCCUUAAAGCCUUCUCGACAGGUACUAGACUAAGUCAAAAGCGCGCUUUAGUAAACGUAACCGUUGUCUUCCACGAGCACUACUUUCUCUGGACAGUAGAGCUGUUCUCUGUGUCUGAAGACCUCAGGCACUGUUGAAAUUUCGAAAUGGGAGCAGUCAUUAGUAGGCAGGUUUUCCAAGUCGAAUAUUCCAAGCACUAACAUUAAGCAGAGAACAUCGACAUUUUUAUGCAACGAAGCCGACUUAUUUGAACAAAACAUUUGCACUAUGCGUUAAUUGCCUGCUAGAUAGGACUGUUGAUUCGGGUUCGAUCUUAUGACCUGUAAAUUUUAUGGCAAAGAAACUGCAUUUUCAGUCAUAUGUGGAUUUCCUACCGGAAAGAUGGUUGGAUUAUCAGGAAUUCUCAAACUCCCUAGGCGCCUUUACCAUCUAAACUUUAGUAACAUCAGAUACAUUUAUUUCGCCUUAAGCCUGACUGCAGAUACUGGCCUCCAUCAACAGUGACGAAUUCUUUAAUCGAACCUUAUUCACAUCAUCGCAUAACUCAUUUGCAGCUUAUGAAACGUUAAACAGCUCAGACUUCCAUAGUUCGUUAGUAAACUGUGAUGCCCUAAUACAUUUUUUGAAAGAAAUAGCGCGAGUCCUAAUUUAUGCGUCUUAGAACGGUAGUGCAAGCUGGUAAAGAACCCCUGAUAGUGUAUGUAUUUGGAUAUAGAAACGCUUGACCGCUACCCACAAACUUACAAUACACUAUGGAUAUGGCAGCGACAGAACAACUGCCAUGAAUGGAAGUUACCUACCAAUCCACAACCAAUGCCACAGAUAUAGAGGAUGGUUCCGCAUGGCUCUGAAUGCGGGCGGUAGGUCUGGUGGAUGAUUAAAUUCAUCUCGAUUUCAAAAGCCCGACCUUCAGUUAAAAGGCAUUUGCGGACUUUGUGACCACACUCUUUUGCAUAGAAAUGCAUUCUGAGAAUUCUGUGGAGCUUGAAUGGACCCUGUAGUUGAUUUCGACGGCAAAGUGUUCAUCUAGUCAAUUUUCCACUAAAGUGGCGAAAAACAUAAGACCAAAGAGUGGAAGGGCGAUUACACUAACUUGUCUCAGUCAUUUCGUUGCGGCCUAAUUUGAGAUCAACCCAGUGUCGGAAACGUGCACCUGUGUACCUUUUGUCGUUGCUUCAUGUGAAUGAACAUUUUUAGAACGUUCCAGCUCCUGUUAAUCCUUCAAAGUCCACUUACUUCCAUUGGGCUGACGACUCUUUCCAGGCAAAGAACUGAGGUAAGACAGCUAGAUUUUGUUUCUUACUAUUUAUCUAAUAGAUGGCCAGCUUUCACGCUGCGGCAGGGAUCUUUGUUCUAAAUGUAAGGUGAAGUACUUGAGUAAGAAGAGAGUGGGGAGUUUAUCAAUGUUGAUGAGUAACGAAAUUCGUGGGUGAUCAUCGCAGGCUCGUUAGUUCCUGCUCUGCAUCAACAUAAAGUAUAGUGACGCCAUAAGGUUUCGAGAAAUGCUGCUUCGACUUCACGCAUUCCGAAGAAGUUUGGUCUGGUGGUCGAGACUCCUUGCGAUCGUAAAUCUCAAAGACGACGGUCUGCAACUCCAUGUUUUAGGAAACGGGUUGGGCUGAAAAUGGUUACAUUCUCACUGCAUCUGAUGAGUUUUCAGUUGACAAAAGCUGUUCUUCUUUCUGUUCGGUCAAUGUCCGAAUCAACUUAAAGAGCAUGAUGUUUUCAGGCUGUCAGAAUAAAAGGAAUCAUUUCUACGGGGGUUAUUGUCUAGGACCGUGUUUAAAGCGUUUUUGGCUCCCGCUGAUCAUAGUUAAAAUUAAGAUAUUUUGAUAUCCAACGCGUAAGGGCAUAUUUUCCCCCUGGGUCUUUGUCGGUAGGUAUACAGUACGUCCUGGGUACAGUUGCUUAAAUAUCUUCGGUGACUUCCGAGUUCCACUGUGAGUCGUAAAUUCGUUAUUAGUGAGAUAACGAUUUGAAUCAACGUGGGUAACUAUAAGAUUCCAUAUCGUUCUUUCCGUAGGACCUGAAUAUUUCGGUAAAAAUGAGGUUUACGGAGGGACUUCAGUGGAUGGCAAAGGCGACAUGUGCACGAGUUGGACUAUAGUGAGGGGAAUUCGUGAAAAAUCAGCCGCAAUAUGCUUUAACUAUCUCGUCAAGAAUCUGUUAUGACUACUGAUGGCUGGAUCAGUGACUUAUCUUUAAUAUAAACCGAUGCCUUUCCAUGCCUCAACACCACUGGCUUCUGAGUACCGACUGAAUCAGGCUACACGCGAGUUUAUGUCGUUGGAAGACACACUCGUCCGGCUCGGUUUGCUGACAAAAGCGGUCACUGGAAUUUUUCCGCUGCCCUGGGCACAGCUUUGUGGGGUGGAAGAUGAAAGUCUAGUGCCAGCAGGACAGUACGUCGCUUUACAUGCCGCCGCCAAGCCGGCAAAAUCCUCUUUUCCAUCGUAGCAUACAAUGCUCUCUACGUCUCGGCAAGAGUUUUACGAAGUGGCUUUAAAAACUUAAAUCAAAAAUAACCACUUAGUUAGUAUGAAUUUUUACCAUUGGUUUUAGAUGUCCUUAUAAAUGCAAACAUAAUAUAUAGGAAGCAUGCAAAAAAUGACUUUUUCUGCUCAUUUUGCGAUGACUUUUGUCCUCCUCACAUUUCCCAAAUGGAUAUAGGAUAACUUUGGGUUUAAAAAGUUUCUAAUUAUGAAAUGAUUUUAGCCUAUGAAUCGUCUGUGCAAGCAACAUCCUAUCUGCCCAUUUACUAGUGCAGCCUUUGAAGUAUACAACAUAGUCCAUUUCCAUUCCAAAAUCUUAUGAGCUCUACGUGCGAUCUCCUUAAAAAACUGGAGAGACAGAUGAUUUUCCCUAAAUGGAUUGUGUACAGGUUUUUUUAUUUUGAACACUGAAAUUAGGUGAAACGGCAGGUCGCGUUCAAAUUUUUCGCCAAUUGCGAGACCUUUUCGUACUGUAGGAUGCCCAUGCUUCGGGCAGAAAAAGUAAGAAAACUUUGGUAAGAUGUGAUUAUGUAGCUCCACCUAAUGGACACAGUACUGUUGGGGUUGGGAUUAGGGGUUAGGGUAAGGGGUUAAAGUUAGGGGUUAAGGGUAGAGGUUACGGUUAGGGGUUAGGGCAAUUAUUUUCGACCCCUCACAGUACAGCGCGCAUUCCUAAUAGCUUUUCUUUUGCAUACCAUUACUUGCCCUCGUUGCCUGCGCGUUUCCCGGUUCCUCUAUUAUCACCGAUCCCGUGGUACAAAUGGCUGCGGUUUGUUUACUUCAUGUGGGGCUGCAUAACCCCAUCUGACCAAAAGUUUAGUUAACUACAAUAUGAGUGCAAAAAGACUGUCUUGCGCAUAGAUUAAAUAUAAUGCAUUUGGACUUACAAGCGCACUGAAUGUCAAGGGACAAAACUCAUGGUACUUAAGUUGUCAAUAUUUAGUGAACAUGUUUGCUGCGGUCAGCAGGAAAUACGUCAAACCAAAAGACACCAUCCUCGUGUGAGUUGAAUAUUUCGAAAUUAUGCCCGCCAGGUUGAAAUAGAACUUGUACAUUUGGGCACGCUGUUAAGGCUUUACUACGUCUCCAUUGUAGGCGUGUGAACUUUGAGUGAGCCGAUUACGGGAUGCAUGCCUAAGGAAUGACAUUUAAUCGAAAACCAUGAAACGAUAAUAACUGAAUGACACUGUAAGCAUUUUUGGAAAUCAGCUGGACAGUGAGAAAUGCGUUGUGCACUAAUUAAACCUAUGAAGACAUUCCCACAAAAAGAUUCUUGCACGAUAAAAUUUAUGACAUAAUUUGACAGACAGAUCCUCUUCUUCAGAUCAUCAGAUCAGAUUUAUUAAGGGAAAGAUAGGCGAGCGAAUGAAGUGAUCAACGGCAUAUACUCAUUCCGAAGUCUCACAUUAUGGACUGGUGACUUCGUCUGGGAGGUUUUCGUUAGAUUCCUAAGUUUUCUUUGGGGAUUUAGGUUAUCCCAUGACGUCGCCUCUGCGCUGCCCUGCCAGAGGAAAAGGCCCGGUUUAAAAACAAACGAAACCAGAGCAUCUGCUUGUGACACGAAAAUUACGGGGAAUACAACUUCGUAAGGAGAAACCCACUGACAAGUGAAGGAGUGGGUGUGGGUGAAAUGGCUUUCAGUUCGCAAGUCGGAGUGGAUUUCCCUCGUUUCGGUGUGUUUGACUCAAACUUAAAACAAACGAGCCUCAUUUAAAAUGGAGGACGCCAUAAAGAUUCCAAUGUACGGGGUGUUUUCCAGUGUCGUGAUAGUUAAACACCGUUUCGCUCUUGAUUUCCUUGAUGACAUUGCCAAUCUGAAUUCCACAGUAAUGCGCUACAUUUACGAAUUUGCCUUUGCAACCAGGUCUAACGGCGUUUAUUUAGUGUGUAUUGUAAACUAGGAAACUGACCUUGUAACUUCAAAUGAUUCAGAAACCAUUACCAGUCUAAUAAAAUUUCAGCCCACUGAGAACGACCAGUAAUAUUACAACACCCAAUGAUUUUACUCAAGUCAGGAAACUUAAAGUGAGAAGUGUAUGUUCGCAACAAAUGUCAGGCGUCCGUAGUCGUUAAUGUAUUGCUUAUGUGUAACCAGCAAUUGCACCUGCCUUUUUAAAGGGGAAAUUCAGUACAAGUUUGAGGAGUUUCUUUCGGUCUACCAAGCAAUUCUGCGCGACAGACCGAACGUCACAAAGGCCAUGUUUACAGAGUUAUUCAGGACCUUUGAUCGGGAGUCUCAGGGCCUCAUCGAUGCGGCACAGUUGCGAGCAGUGCUCGUGACCUAUGGUAUGUAUACCUCCUAAAUAACGUUUUUUAAUUGUAUUAAUGACAUGCAGCCAUGGGUAAUACUUACAGAUUGAAGACUCGACUAACGGUUAAGACUCCUGUUCAGACUAUACUGCAUGUCCAUUUCUGUGAAUUGAUUCUGAAGAAGAUACUUCUCUCCAGAGCUUAGGCAUGCUAUCCAUAGUCUCCGUAAACCAGUACUGCAGUUCUUUGCAUUUAUCAACUCUGUGCUCGUAGCCGCCGCCGACGCUGCCGCUGCAGGCUUAUUGAAAAAUUCAAACUUUUAAACCCUUUAUCUCUUGGCGUUUCAGGUGAACGCUUGUCCGAAAAAGAAGUGGACGAAAUAUUUGCAGCUACGGGAGUCCAGCAAGAAGCAGACGGAAAUAUUAAGUAUGAAGGUAGGCUUUCAAAAGUUGUUUUCUGAAAACACAAAACAAAGAUUACUAGUUUGUAAUUUUGAUAAGCAUCUAACGAUGAAAUGUAGGACAACCAGACACAUUUUGUAAAAAUGCAAAUGAAUGCCUCUAGCGCAAUUCGGCCAAAUGUGAGAAACGUGGUAAUAUUGAUAACGACAGCCAGCAAUAAGCAGGAGUGCAUUACAUACGGGACGAGGGAAGAGAAACCCGAGAAUUAGAGAUGUAAUGAAGCGUGGAGCAAAAGAAGUCAGUGCAGUGGUGUUGCCGGCGAUUGUCUACCGCAGGUUUUAGUGAAUGUGCAUGUGGCCUAGAAGGCCCGUGCAAUGGGUGAAUGUAUGAGGACAAUGUCGGCCUUUAAGUCGAAUGCGUCUGGCGCAUAUUGGUACUCCAGUCACUAGUUCGUUGGCCUCUAUACGAUGGAUUCGCAAGUGACCGACCUGGCUAACGUGUGAGAACAAUGUUCGGGGACAGUGGGGACAGGAAAAGCCGAUGGUGUCAGGAUCGGUUUCGGUGGUGGCGGCAGUGGUGAAGCUGAUGAUGGUGGCGUGCUGGACGGCGGGAUGAGAUUUCAGCUGGGUAUUAUGGAUGGGCAAGAUGUGCUAGGUGUGUCGAGACUGUGGUGAGUUCCGCUCUCGUGGAUAAACAUGUGACCUAGAAGACCCAUGCAGUGGGUGAGUGUGCAGGGGCAGUGUGGACAGUGAAGGUGGCUGCGGCGAGUGUUUGUUGGUGCUCCAGGCACAGGUUCGCCAGUCCCUGUGCGAUGGAUUCGCAAGUGACCGACCAGGCCAAUGUGUGAAAUGAAGGCGCGACCGCAAUGAGGACAGGUAUAGACGCAGUUCACGUCGAUGGUGUUGGCGGUGAUGAAGUUGAUGUUUGUUGAUGUUUCAGGAUUGUUGGCAGUGGUGGUGGGUAGAGGAGCCGCCACAGCGGAUGCUUGGGCAAUGGAUGACAGCGUUGGGGAUUCAAGAGAGCAGACAGUUCUGACUAUUAGCAUGGAGGACGAGGUAAGGGUGGACAGGGGGAAAUUAGGUGUUGUCGUUCUGGUGUCGCAGUUGAUUCGGACAUGCCCAAUAACACCAAUUGCUGCUUAGAACAUCCGCGGACAUCGUGCAUGGGUCGGAAGCGGUUAAAUGUUGGCAUUGCGUGGUGGGGCAGUUGAGAUUUGCGAGAUUCGUAUUUGGCUUUGGCAACGGUGACGCGGUUGGCCUAGUAGAUUACUGUGCUUAUCUUCACUGCUCUCCUCCAGGUAGGUUGGUCCAGGGCGAGAUCUUCUCAGUAGGCUGGCUUGAUUAGCAGGCGCUUCAGGGAAGAUUUCGGGUAUCCUUUUAGCGCCGGACUUUGCCUUCCUGUCGGCGAUAACCCAUUGCCACAUUUCCGUGAAAGAGUAGUUUGGGUAGCCACUCGUCGUUCAUCUUCACAAGGCGGCCGCUCCAGCCCAAUUGCAGUUGUCUCAGCACGACGCAGAUGCUGCGGAUUAGCCUUUGUUCCAGUACAUCCAUUUCCGGGAUCCUUUCCUGCCAACUCACCUUUAGUAUCCAUGGAAAACAGCUGAGGUGGAAGUGGUUGAAUCUUCGCACCUGCUUCUUCUACAUCGUCCAGGUCUCCGCUCCAUCCCGCAGCCUCGGCAGGAUGACAGCUUUGUACAUUUUCAGCUUGGUUUUGAGGUGGAGACCAUGGAGAUUUCAGACGGUGUUUUACAGGCGGCCGAAGGGUUGGCUGGCCUUAUAAGUCCGGUGGGCCACUUCAUCUUCGACAAUGCUGUUGCGGGGAUGGGUGCUGCCCAGAAAUGUGAAGUUGUCCACGGUUGUUGAGGUGCCGUUUGCGUUGAAAUGGGGUGCGAAGCAGGUAGCGUCGGGUGGCGGAUGAUGCAUGACCACCGUCUUCUCCGUGUUGAUAACCGGGUCAGAGUCCUUACAGGCUGUGUCGAAGAGAUCCCCGCUCCUUUGCAUGUACCCUUCCGAGCUGACGUUGAGGAUGCAGUCGUCGGCAGAGAGAAAUUAAUGUACGGUAGUUGUGAAUACACGCGACUGGAAGUGCACCCGCCGCUGAUUGAGAAGUUGGGUGUCCGUCCUGUGGGCGACGCGGAUCACGGGGCGUUCGUCAUGGUAGGCGUCCGUUGGCAUGGUAGAGAAGGGGGUGAGCGCGAGGACGUAGCCCUGCUUCGUCCCGUUGUUCAUUGUGAAUGCCUCUGAGACAGCUCCAUUCUCUGUGACUCGCGCCAUCAUGCCAUCUUGAUGCUGAUGCAUCAUCUGAGUGAAUACUUUAGGAAAGCCAAAUGUAUUCAGGAUUUUCUACAGUCCUUUGAGAUUCACCGUGUCGGAGGCUUUCGUCAGAUUCACGAAGGUAGAGUAAAGGUGAACCCGCAUCUCCUGCAGUUGGCGGGCAGCUAAGCUCAGGUUAAUGAUUCCACGAUGACGGUGGAAGUAACAAUGGCUUUCCGGCAGAAGACCUUGUUCCAGAUGGUUGUUCAGGUGAUUGAGGAGAAUGCGAGAGAAGAUCCUCUCGGCGAUGUUCAGCAGGGAGAUGCCUCAGGCGUUGUAGCAGAAUUGGUGGUCAUCCUUCCGCUUUCAGAGGUGGACAAUUAUGGCGUCAGGGGGCGCUCACCGAUCGUUCAUACGGAACUCACUCGUUCCGUUGUGCCUUAUGGACUCUCUCUCGAGCCCAACCAGCAGCCGAGAGAGAGAGAGAGUCCAUAAGGCACAACGGAACGAGUGAGUUCCGUAUGAACGAUCGGUGAGCGCCCCCUAACAUUGUAUAUUCCCGAUCGAAAACCGACAAGGCAACGGGCUCGUGGCCCGGUGAGUAGAGGCGUUGACUUAAAAACCAACAGGUCGCGAGUUCGAGGCUCGGGUGUUGCACACUUCGGGCUUGGGUAUGGCUGGCUGACGACGGCUAAUAAGCCAGAAAUGGCCAUUCCAGUCUCCCUUGUCUUUGUCGGUAAUACCAAUUAUGGCGUCCUUAAAAUCCCGAGGAACUUCUUCUUGACGCCACUUCUCCUGGAAGAGCGUUGUCAGGUGUUUCUUAAGUUGGGGGCCACCGUGCUUGUCGAUCUCAGCAGGGAUCGCAUCCUAUUCGGGCGCUUCCCCGCUGGAGAGCUGCUGAACGGCCUUGAUGGUUUCGUGUAGAGAAGACGGGAGAUCUUAGUCGGCGUUGGUCUGCACUUGAGGCAGGCGGGCGACGGCGGCGUCGGAGAUGGUGGAGGGACGGUUAAGGACGCCUCUGAAGUGCUCGGCCCAUCACUGUAGAAGUUGAGUCUUCAUGGUGAGAAGAGGUGUGGUGACUUUGGCUGUGGAGCUGCAGACAACCUUGAUUCCGACAAUGAAGUUCUACCACUCGUUGGGGCUCGCGUAUCCUUGGAUCUCAUCGGCCUCGUAAGCCAUCCGGGUGUCCUGCAUAUCGCGCAGCUGCCGUUGCACAAGGCGGCAACUACAGUAGAAAGAAGCUCUGUUAUCAUCAGUGGGGCGGUUGACUUAUGCCUUGUGCAAGCAGUUGUUCUCUGUGAGCAGGUUGCUGAUGGCGACGUCGUUGUCAUUGAACUAGCCAUGGUGCUGGCCACGUGCGUGAUCAAGUACAGCCAGGGCCGUCGAAUAAACCGUGUCUUGCAUUUGGCACAAUUUUUUUUCUCUACGGAGGCGUACUCGUCAGCAGCGGGUGGGAGGUCGGCUGGCCGUUGAACAGGCAGAGACAAUAAAGCCGUAGUCAGCUUACCUGGAGGUCGCUUGCCUUGAGGUCUUCUGCGUGACUGUAGGCGAAUCCUCAUCUUGGAGAUGACGAGACGAUGGUCGGUCCACUCGUCGGCACCCUGAAUCGCUUUUGUCACCAGCGCGUUCCGAUGGUCUCGCCUCCGGACGAGGACAUAAUCCAGCAGGUGCCAAUAUCGCAACUGACGGUGCAUCCAAGUGGCCGUCUCUCGCGCCGGAAGGCGAAAGAGGAUGUUAAUGAGCAUGAGGCGGUGUUCUGCGCAGUUCCGUAGGAGGAACAGGCAAUUAUCAUUGAAGUCGUCGAGACCAUGGUUACCCAGCCUCCUUUCCAGGCGGCAUGGUCUGUGCCGACGCGAGCGUUAAAGCCACUUGUCCGUCUUCAGCACAGUCGCCAGGAGGGCGUGCAGGUUUUCUUAGAAUUUGUUCUUUGCUGCGUCAGCGCUGGUCAUCGAGAGGGGGCAUAGACGCUGCGGAUGGUGGCGAAUUUGCAUCCCUUGAGAGGCAGGUGAAGGCUCAUCAGGCGUUUGUUGAUGUCCUGCGGCAGACAGGGCAGUCGUCCCACGAUGUCAUUUUGGAUGGCAAAGGCAAUGACCGCGAAUAUCCUCCCCUGGUUUAGCCCGCCGGUCGAGGCGGUUGCCGGGGUGUGGCGGCCAGGCAAAGUCUAGCUUUUGGGAGCCAAAUGCGAGAGUUGGAUGCUAGUUAAUGGACGCUAGAUGUAGUCAACACCUGCAAGCAAUUGAGCAUGAACCUACAAAUGGACACACCUACACCCCUACGCACACGAUAGCUCGAUCCUCGUCAUCGUUUGCCCCACGGCAAGGUGAAGCAGUCACUGUGACUUGCGCAAGAAUUGGUUUGUAGUGAUAGUAGAUUCGCGCCGAGUCCAUUGCACUUUCUCCUCCUACUCCUCCUCCUCCCCCACCCAAGCCCGGUGUCAAGACAGAAUCAAGAAGGCUGGAGGCGGGGGAGGGAGCGGUUGGAUAGCACGGUCGAGCCCGCACCCUUGUGUCCAACUUCACACCCUCUGGUCCACAUAACAAAUGACAAAGAUUAUAACCAACAACAAAAAUGGGAUGGCGGCAGGGAUCUCACUGUGUGCUACAUCUGCCACUACAUCCCGCAAUGUUGGCAUUUGCUAUGUUGCGCGUUCCGAUAAAGCCUGUCAGAAUCCGCUAUGGAGCAGCGCAUCUGCCACGUGACUCGUUUGGGGCCGCGCACACAAACACACACACACAAACAUCUAUGCAUACAUAGAAAAUAUAUAAUGGUAGAGGGGCGCUCACUGAUCGCUCUUACCUUACAGACUCUCUUUCUCUCGAGCAAACUAGCAACCAUACAGCUGCGCAUGAUAUAAGUAGAAUGCUAUUACCGACAAAGGCAAAGGAGACUGGAAUUGCCAUUUCUGGCUUAUUAGCCGUUGUCAGCCACUCAUACCCAACCCCGAGGCGUGGAGCACCCGGGUUUCGAACUCGCGACCUGUUAGUUAGAAGUCCAAAGCCUGUAACCACUGAACCACGGGCUCGUUGUCCUGUUGGUUUCGAUCGGGAAUAUACAAUGGCAGAGGGUCGCUCACACGUUCUUACGGAACUCAAUCGUUCCAUUGUGCCUUACCGGACCCUCCACUUUCCUAUAAUUUCGAUUCUUUAAUAGCUUAUUUGGGCCCAUACCCGCCGAUAAAUGAGACCGAACUAAUCGGCAGGAAUUCGAGAUUGUCUCCAUAGAAGGUGGCCUUCAACGAAGCUAGCGGCAUAAUUUCGCACCGGCUGGUAACUAGAUGGCAAAUCGACAUGGUUGUUGCCUGAUUCACUCUUUGAGUGUCACACAUUCCGCAGACAGCGCUAAACCCAUUAAUCUAAGUAAGACUGUGAAACAUCAAAGAAAUUCAAGCAUGAAAUUUAGGGAGCUCUGGGAUUUCGCGGAUUAGGGUGCGUACUUCAGGACGUCAGAUUUCAUCACAACUGGAUCUCAGGAGUGAUUUAAUAUUCUCCACCGUCAGAUCACGGGGAGUAUAAGAAAGGUGGACGUGGUUUGAGAAGUGCAAUGACGUCCUCCAGAAUGCUAAUAGCUUCUUUAAAUCCUUCGGAAUUGUACUGACAAACUCACUUUGCUGUCAUAAUCAGCGUCAAAAUUUUUGGAUCCCAUAAUAACCACUUUUGCAGUUCGUAUAUCUCGGCACUCUAGUGUGAUGCGAUAGGCCGGAGGAAGGAAACAUAUAUGAGCAUCCUAAAAAGAUCGGGAAACGUUCGUUUCUUUGGUUCUUGCCGUGCGCCGACCCGUUUUAAAUAUUAUACUAAUGCUCUCCACUGUCGACAAUUUCACGAGUCAACUUUUUAACUGAUUUGGAUUCUCAUGAAACAUAGAACGUGCGAUCCUCUUGGAAACUCCAGGCCCUUUGAUGGUAGCUUGUCCUGUUUAUUACGAUAGUGGAGUGCUCCUUGAUUUCAGACCGUUUUUCUCACCUAGCCUAAGACGUCAUAUAAAUGCGAGUCGUGUUUCAGUCCCUUUGUGCUCGACGUGGAUGAUGUUAGGCGGCAGCUGCAAUGAGAGGACCGCAAGAUAUAGCAACUUAUACAAGUGUGAAGUGCUUUAACACAGGCGGGAUGUUUCAGAGCUGGUAGGAAAACGCAGCAGUUUGGUCGAGAAAUCUUAUAUCUAGUUAAACCAGUUUCUAGAAAUGAACAUCUCACCUCCAAAGCUUCUGAUUGUGCGAGAAAUUAAACUGACUAGAUUUUCUUUCGUCUGCGUCCUAAUUUCCCUAUCGCCACCCUGGCGGCAAAAAAUUGGAUUCAUACUGGUACACAGUAAUAAAAACACUCCAACACGUUUUGAUUCCAAUGGUAUUCUUGUUAGAUGAGUCAACUUUUAGAGUAAAACCCAAUGAGUAAAAGGUAAAACAGAAAUUGUGGAAAAGGAUAACUUUCAAACGCUGCGAAAAUCGAGAACGUGUCACCGUAUUAAUAUCGACGGUUUAUCAAAUACCUUAAGGUAAUCAUUCAAUUUGCAUGAAAAUCCUAGAUUUGAGAAUCUAACCAUAACGACUAAAUUCCUUUUCUUAAUCACACGUGUAAUACAGUGAAAGAUAAUACUUUCCUUUAGCAAUUCUAAAUGUGUGGACAUAUUGUUAAAACCUACAAAUUUCUCAUUUUCAUAUAAUUAACAAGGAAGGGUCAUUUCAGCAUUAUUUCCAUGAUAUUUGUCCCUGCCAGCACCAGCCCCCUCUGGCCCCCUCAUGGCCCCGCCUCAUGAGGGGGCUAUGGCGGGGCAUUCAUCUUUACGUAGUGUCCACAAAAUGUAAAACGGAAAAUUGUCUAUGAGAUGCAAAACGUAAAAAGUGGGGGAUCGAAAAUCAAAAAGUAUGCAACAUGGGAAUAAGGAAAAAGCAACCGUCCUGGUGUAGCGCAACGUAUUUACAAAUAAUUUCAUCAAGAGAAGCAUUCGAAAGUUUGCUAUCCAAAAGGGAGGCCUUAAAAAUGAGUAAAUUUGAGGAAGGGAAUGCCGGAUCCAGGCAGUCUUGGCAAUCAACAAACUGGCGGUAAACGAUGCCUGUAGCCGACACAGAUGUCAGUACGCACGGUCUAUCGCCGACAAGUACCACAUUGUCUGGAGAUUGGGUCGAUAAAAGAUACCCUUUGUGUAAUAUGGCUUUGGAGCUGCGGGGCAACUGCAAAGACAGUGGCACUCCCUCAUCGUCAUCCAACAGCGUGGGACCUGUGGACAACUCAGGCAGACGCCUUUCACUAAUGCGCCUGUACACCUGCGCGGCUACGUUUGUCGGUCCUUUAAUGUAACUGCGGACGUUUUGCAGAAACGACUCAAAACGAAAAGCCGAGAAGUUAUCUAACACUCCGAACCGCGAUACAUCUUCGUGAAGGUGGACCAGACAAUGCACGUUGUAAACCAGAUCAGCUGGAUUGUACAGCUUGCCGAAGUCUUAUACAAAGCCAUUUAAAAGGAUGCGUGCAAAGUCAAUGCACGUAAUGUGUAACCGCGGAUGAGAAAAUAUAUACAUGGCAACAGACAACUUCAGGAAGUGCUGAUAGCGCGCCUGGUCAGGAAUAUAAAACUGCCGGGCCGAUGUAAAGGAGAAAUUGCCGGAAUUCGGCCGCCUUCCAAUACUCCAGACAAUCCAGAGUGCGGCACUUCCGAGCAAAUUCUGCCGGUAGACAAUUGCUGCACUUUUUAAUCCGCGCAUUGAGCGCCGCAAAAAACUUCUUCACUCCGAGGCGCCACAUGUGCAGCAAUUUACGCAUUACUCCCAGGCAUAGUAGGUGCAUGUAGUCCAUGGGAAAGCAGGCAACCAUAUCGAUGGGUAACUCCUCGAAUGGUGAUAUGCCCCUAUGGUGCAUGGCCUGCUUUCGCAACCGGAAUGACAUGUCGUCCCGAGGACGCCCACUAUAUGGCGGAAAUGUCAUCCGGUUAGCAAUGGGAAUUCCAACACGACAGCACCUACAGUGGUUUAGGUUAGCUAGAUGAACAAACCUACCUAUCGCAUCCAUAGUAUCCGUUAUGUGCCUUGACUUGGCGGAUGUAGGAGCGGGCAGGGGCAUCGCAAAUUAUAUUGGCUAGCUCCACUUUUACAAUAUCCCCUGUACCUGGGAGUCGCAGGCCACCAUCAAGAAGUCCUUUCAAUUCGCAAACGCAAUCAUGAAGAAACUCGUCCACUGGUUCGGGUUUGCCGAAGCCGGAAAAUACACCACCGGACGAAGGGUUCACCAAUAACGGGGUGACUAAUUCGCGCUAAUAUCGGCCAAAGGCAUUGACCCGAUCCUUUAAACAACUUCAUCCCAUCAAUGUGCAAUUAGAUGCGCAUUUCAGGAAUUUCAGUCGUUUGACGACGGUUUACCUCAUCAAGCAGAGCUCGCUCAAUGCCCAGAUGGACAUAGUUCCCGUUGCUUAGGACCUUGUUGCUACAAGUUCUGGGAGUCUUCAAGAGCGUUCGCGAGUCCUUCGGGACUUCUGGGUGGUACGACCGGAGCAUAUCGAACAAAGCCUUCAUCAUAGACAGAGGCAUUCGCGUGUUCAGGCAUAAUUCUUGUAAAUCUGAUAGAAAAGAUUUUCCCCUUUUUUCCGUCACAUGCUCUUGACUUCCUGCAAAAUCUACACCCACUAAUAUUCUACAUCGAUGGAAAAACCUACCAGUGUAACCCUCAGCCGUUAAUUUCGGCAUUUCUAAUUCAGGAUAGUCGCUUCGCAAAGUAGACGCCGUUGGAACAUUAACCAGUUGGGCAGCCUCCGUUGCGGCAUAGUAGACCCUCUUUAGGCGCCGGAUUCGCUUAUAGGCAGUGCUCCGGUUGAUUCCAAAAUACUUACGCUUCAUUUCUACUCAAUCUCAACGACAAAAAUGAUAAACAAAGGCUCAAAGUGCACCUUUUCAGAUGACUCUGCUACAACGGAUAUCUCAUUGAUAUUGCUUAAAUCAACAGGCAAUUAUUCAAUGAUACUACUAAUUUACAGGUCAAAACUUACAAAAUAUCAUAAAAUAUAGCAAAAGGGCAGUUCAUUACAUACCACAGUAACGUAUGCACGUAUACCACAGUAGACAGUAUUAGCACUCACGACGAGAGGAACGCAGCUCACGUGGGAGAUAAGUGCCGCAAAGUGACACACUUAAACAAUUAAGAGCUUUAUAUCAGGAUUGCCCAGAUAUGUAAAAAGCACAACUACCGAGGUCCAAAAGUACUUUUUGCUAUUAAAAACAAAUUUUAACCGAAAAAUGCACGCUUAUUCACGGAGUAAUGCCUGUUAAUGGUGCAUUAAAGACGAGAAAACUUUGAGGGGGCUGGCCCCCUCAUAGCCCCUUCUUGGCCCCCUUUCAAAAGGGGGCCAAGUGCUGGCAGGGGUAUUACUCUGUUUACAUUGACGCUUUUAAACCGCGUAGAUUGAAGGCAGUCCUUAAAAAAUCAGCUCACCUGUUGUCUAAAAAUCUUUGGAGAUUUACCAGGACUUGUACGCUUUCCUCGCGUUUGUUCAACCUACUGGCUAGGCAACGGUCGAACUUCGUGGGGAAUCUCACAUUUCAAAGAAGGGGACUUUAUAUAAGAUCUUCCAACUUAUUCAACCGUAAUUUGAGUUUCCAACUCAAGUGUGAUGCUUAAUUUCCAUCUUAUAUAGAUUUUAUUCAAAAAGUUCUCGAUGGCCCUACGAGUUAG